UGUCUGCACAGCAUGUUUAUUUUGAUUUAAUGUGAUGGUCAUUAUUCGGUCGAAUCUUAUACUUUUUCUCCUUUAAAAAGUUAUGUGUGUUUCGAGUCCAUUAUAUUUAAAUCUUUUGUUUUCUAAAAGCUCAUGAUAUAUAUUUUUUAUAGUGAAAUAAAUUUUUAUUAACUCUAAAAUAUGAAUAUUGGAAAUUCAAACCUUAAUCCAUCCUCGAUGAUUGAUUUGAAAGCGGAACUUCAUAAAAAAUAUGAUUCUCUUCGUAAAGCAAAAUUGGAUCAGAGAGCAGAAGCUGAGCUGAGAUCCAAACCGACACCUUUUAAAAAUAAGUUAGACACAAAUAAAGAUAAGAAGCAAAAGCCUGCUCCUCUUGUGAAAAAACCAAAAGAUGAAGAAUCUGAAGAAGACCUUGCCUUAAAAAAAUCUCAGUUAGCUUUAGAAGCGAAAGCAAAAUUAUAUGAAAAAAUUGUUUCAAAUCAAAUCUUAAUUGAUGAUGAACAAAAUGAAUUAUAUCAGGUUGAUUUCCAAAGAAAAGUACUUUAUGACACUCCAAAACCUGAAAAAAUUGUAGAAAAUAAAGAUAUGAUUAAUACUAAUCAAUCUGAUUAUUCUGCAUCUAAUAAUACUUACCUGCAGAAAAAUUUAAAUAAGAGUGAAAUUCAACAGAGUAGGAGUGAAAAGGAAAUUCCUGAUCCUGAUCAACCUAUACACUAUCAAAAUGUCCAAUACAAUGAGAUUCGAGACCAUGGCACAGCAUAUUUUGCAUUCUCUGAAAAUGAAACCAAGAGAAAGGAACAGAUGGAAGAGUUGCAGUCAUUAAGACAAGAAACGGAAGCACAAAGAAUCACUAAACAAAAAAUGCAAAAUAAACGAAAAGCCAUGAUACAAGCCCGGUUAGCGAAAAUAUGUGAAAGAAAAAAUAUUGAUCAAUCUGCUUUGGAAGCCUUCAAAACAGAAACGCCAGACAUUCCUGAAGCUCAAGUACCUGAUCUUUUAUCAAUACCUUUACCUGAACCAAAGCAAGAAAAUAUCAAAAAGGAGACUAAAGUACGACCCUGGGAUAUUGGGAAGGACAGUCUUCAACACUUUGUUCCUCAGAAGAAACAGAAAACAAAAAGCCAAAAUGAUUGGAUAGAAGAAAUGAGAGAAGAACGCCGUCCUGAAUUCGCUCCUCCUAACUUAUACAUGUCAAAUUGAUAAACUUAGUGUUUUUUUGUUGUUGUUGCAUUAUUAUUGUAUAUUUUGUAAAUAAACUAUUUAUUGUUUGUAUUGAAAA